AUGGGCGACAGACAAGACAGAAUGGCCUCCAUACCAACUUCCAACCCUUACGGCACUCUCAACAAUUCAGCUCCUGUUGGAGGCAGCGAUGUGGCCAAUGGCCAGACUGAGCAGCAACCAUUACUGGGUGGCCAACCAUCCAAGAAGUCAAGCCUGAAGCAUCGACUGGCAAGCGAUGUGCAGCGAGACUGGGCUGAUCUUGUCCUUUUGGCUUGUUACAUCAUCACUGGUCUUCUAGAUAGUGCUUCCAUCUCGACUUGGGGCGCUUUCGUAUCAAUGCAAACCGGCAAGUCAGCCACCAACCGGUCAACAAGGCUCAUGAUGGUAGACCAUGCGAACUGA